AUGGCGGAGCAGCCCGCCGAUCCGCUGUUGACCGCCGCCGCAGAUGGAGACGAGCACGCUCAGUGCUGGGCCACGUUCGUCAACCCGCUCGCGACCUUCCUCGACCAAACGCUAUCCUGGUGCUUGGCGUCCGUGGCCCAGGAUCGUGAGUCCAAGCUCGAGGCUAUCGCGGACGACAUGCUACUCCAGGCGGCGCUGGGCCGCUCAGAUCUCGAGUGGAAAGACGCGAGGCGGCUGCUGAACUUCGGCGGCAUGCCCAACAAGGCGGGAGGGGCCCAGGCUGUCCCUGUGCGGCAGCGUGCUGACGGCUCGGCCAUCACCUUCCACAGCGAUCUGGGCGACGAGACGCUGUUGCACUUCGCGAAGAUCGAGUUGGUCACUGUGAUGGACGCUUGCAGUAUGGUCGAAAAAUACAUUACUUCUGCCGCGCACGCGCUACAGGACAUGGACAUGGACGACCGCAGCUUCAUGUCACUGUUGGACCUCGUCCGCAAGGUCAAGGCCUCCAAGGGGGGCAACGCCACAGGUCCAGACUCCCUGCCCGACGGCCUGCACAAGGUCGCGCCAUGGAAACUGACCCGCAAUUGGUUCCCGGUACUGCUGAAGGCGACGCUGGAGGGUCAGGGGCCUAUCCAGAUGAAGGGCGGCCAGGAGGAGCCCGUGGGGGAGGCCGCGGGGGAGGCCGCGGAGCAGGCCGCGGAGGAGGCCGCGGGGGAGGCCGCGGAGGCGCCCGCGGAGCGGCCCGCCGCGGCGGGCUGCGGCGGGAAGGGCGCCGCGGUGGCGGUCGCCGUCGUGGCCGCGCUCGCCGCGGCAGGCCUGGUGGCGUGGUCGGCGGCGCCAGCGAGCGUGCGGCGGGGGGCCGUCGAGGAGGCCAGCGAGAUGCUUCGCCCCGCCAGACACAUGCUGCAGCCCAGCAGGGCCAUGGAGGCCCCGCGGCCGCGGCGAGCUCCGAGCGGCAGCGGCAGCCAGGUGGAGGUGCAGUUCUUCUGGCUGGGCGACCUCGCCAGGUGCGUGGGCGUGGACGGCGGCCUGGAGGCCGCCGAGAGCGGGGGCAGCCUCGUGCUCACCAGCUGCGCGGAGGGGCCGCUGGGGUUCCUGAUGCCCUCGGAGGGGGACCUGCUCCUCCGGGUUGCGGUGGCGCCCUCGGCGUGGAUCACCCCAGCAACACCUCCAAGCUGUACCUGUCGAGCUGCAGCGAGGCCGGCGAUGCAGCGACGAGCACGCGGUUCUUCUUGCAGGCGUCGGCCGGGAACAGGAGCACGGGCAGCGUGCGGGAUGUCGACAACGCGAGCAGCUGCAUGGGCAGCGCGGAGGGCACGGUCGGCGCGCCCGUGGAGAUGCACGAGUGCACGGACAAUGUGA